UUUAUAUCUUUAUUUCGUUUUAUCUUAAUCUUACAUUAUAUGUACAUAAUCUAAUUUAAUAAUCAAAAAUGUUUUUCAUCGAAACGUAAGUAUAAGCGUAACCUUUUAUUGACAACUAUUCAACUAUUUAAGAUCGUGUCACAAAAUUAUGCUCACUUUGUGAAAAUCGUUAACUCAUUUUUAUACGGAUGUCUCUUCAACAAUAUCCAAUGGAAAAACUUCAAGUAUCAGAAAGAAUAGAAUCAACGUCUGUUCUUGUUCUAGUUAAACUCAACAAAGUACUACAGUUUGCAGCUGACGACUGCGACGACUAGGUAGAAGGUUUAUGCGCAGUGCAGUAUCACAUGUCAAUGCUCGCUGCGCAUGUACUUACCGGUGAAAAAGUCAUGGCAGGUGUUUCGGCUGGUUCUUGUUGUUGACUAUUUCUUAUAUUUAGAUAACAGGUUACUUAGAACUUUCCCGAAGGACAAUGAUAACGCGUAUGUUACAUAAUUUAAAAAACUUAUUUUAAGUAACCGAUUGCCAAAGUCAUUGUAAAUUAUGUCGAACACACGGGAAGCAGAGGUAAGCAUUUGUACAAAUCUUCAAGGAACGCGGAAACGCGUGCGUGAAAGAACAAAAAUAUGAAGAGGCUAUGUUUCAUUACACUCAUGCCAUUAAACUAGACCCAAAAAAUUACUCCUUGUAUAGUAAUCGAUCAUUUGCAUUUUUAAAAUUACAACAAUAUCAUUUUGCAAUGGAAGAUGCAUUAAUGACAAUUCAAUUAAAACCUGAUUGGACCAAGGGUUAUUUUAGAAAGGCUGAAGUAGAGUCACAAACCUUCCGCUUCAGUGAAGCACUUCAAUCUUACAAUAAAGCUUUAUCCUUUCAACCAAAUGAACCAACGAUUUUGGAAGCAAUGAGCAGAGUAACACAAUUAUUAAUUAAAGACAAACGAGCUGAUCAACAAAUACCCUGGCUUGGUGCUGGUGUUGGUAUCAUACUUGGAGUAAUAGUUGUAAUUGCUGAUUAUGUUUUUACAAAUAAACCCACAUUAACGCAUCCUCUUUUGAUGGCCUUAUUAACGAUGUCUAUAGCAAUGCUAGGUUUUGGCAUUGCAAAGGGAUUCCGUUAUUUUGUAAAGUGCCAAAGAAAAUCACUUUUGGAACCUCCAACGGAUCUCUUUGGUGGUAAUAAAGAAGAAUUUGAUGAUGUUGAAGCAGAAAUGAAUAACGAGAAGGAAAAACAUUCAAAAUAUAGUAAAGCACAAGCACGACAAAGAUUCAGGAAAGGAAAAUCGUAGUGUGCUUUGAUAAUAAUAAUAUUAAUAAUGACUUACAUACAUUUUUAUGUAAAUUUUAAAUUUAUACACUUUUUAGCAUCUCAAGAAUGCACUGAAUGUUUAUGAUCAAUGUUAUUGCAUUGACAGAAGGUUUUAUUGGUACUGUUUACAUUUUAUACUUCAGUUACCGUUAAACGAUUUUAAAGUAUUGAGAACAUGUGCCAGAAUUUCUAUAUUUCCCCAUAUUUUAUGUUUAGAAAUUCUUAUAUAGAGCAACAUUUCCUAAUUAAUAAUCGAGUCCAUGUAUUACAAAUAUAUUAUUUUAAUCCUUUUGAGAUGUAUCACAAGAAAUAAGGCUGCAAUGAUAAUAUAAUAAUUGGUAAGUUAAGUAGUACAAAUAAUUCUAAAUUUCAAAUCAUAAGAAGAUCUUUAAUCGUUAUAUAAAUUAUAUCAAUAUUUAAAAAUAUGAAAUGUCUCAAUUUUGAUAAAUAUUGGCGAAAAGUAAUUUGUGCCAUUUAUACUUUGUCACGGUCAUAUCGUAGGAUCAAAUAAUUUAAACACAUUACCUUUAUCUGAUUCAUACAACGAAUAUCUUAUUCUUAAUAUAAAGAAUAAUUAUUUACACUCAACUUUUUGCACUAUUUGUCACAAUAAACGUAAGAAAUAUUCUAACUAAAUAUAAUCAAUUGCAUAACAACUGUUUAAUUUCUUGUUUCAUAUAAUAACCAAUGAAAAUUCAGAAUUUCUUAAUAUAUGCAUUUAAUAUAUACAUAUACAAUGAACCAUAUUAUUUAAAUUUUAAACAUUAAAUAUAUUGCAUACUAAGUCUCUAUCACAAGUAUGAAUGUGCAUAAGUUAAAACACAAUUAAUAUUAAAUUUCCCAAAUACACUUCUAUAGAAUUGUCUCUUAUUCUUCUUAUACUUCUAUAGAAUAUCUCUUUUAUUUUAAUGAUUUUAGUAAUUCAAUACUGUUGCUAAGUAUCCAAGAAUUUUUGAUAUAGAUAUGACUUAUAGUAAGCUUAAUCUUAUUAAGUUACUUCGUGAGAACUAUUUAUGUGCAUAGAUUAUAUAUAUAGAUAGGAAAAUGUGAAUAUUUAAUAGUAACAUUUAGAAGCAGAAAUAUUAGAUUCAGGAAUUUCAUGUAAUUAUUUGAUGUGCUUCUAUUAUUCUUUAAAGUCGAUUAGAUUAAAUUAUUGAAAUCUAUCGAAUUUUUUCGCAAACUAAGCUAUUAUUAUGUGACAAUUACACUAUAUUAUAACCCUUUGUAAAUUGACCAUUUUCCCGUACAUCAUUUUAAAAUUAAUCGGCUGAAAUAUGUAUGCAUAUUGUCAUUAAUAUCGUAUUUCACCUCCAUAAAGACAUGUAAUUAGCAAUUAUACAUAAUAAUGAUAAUUUUUUAUUUAAUCGCAAUACAUAUACUAUACUCAGUUCGGUAAGCAUCAUUAUAUUAUUCUUCCAUGUAUAACCCGUUAUGCGAUGAAUUAUAUUAAUUCCAAUGUAACGAAUCAAUAUCGUAGCAAAUGCAUGGCUGAAUCUCUUGUAAAUUAAUUAUUAACAUUAUUUAUAUAUUAUUCAACUACGAAUAUAACGAGAAUACAUUUUCAUGUACAUUAAACCCACAAAAUUUUUGACAUUCCAUACAAAAAUGAAAAAAUAGAAAAAAAAAUUUUUAUAUUAAAUAUAAUAAAUACAUCAUAUAUAUAUUUAACAAUACAUAUUGUAUAAAAAUUAUCAUAUGAAUUCUUUAAAUAUAAAAUUGUUAUAUGCGAAAUACAAAGAAUACAUACAUAUAUGUAUGUACAAUAUGUAUCUGUCCUUAAUGAAAGAUGUUAGUGAUACUAACACGUUUUUCUCAACCGCAUUGGCUGUGCGCCAGGUGCUCCGAACUCAGUUAUCCGUAGAUCACUGAGAGCUCAUUAAGCAAAUUCAAAUGUACAAGCUGUUACUUACUAAGUACGUACAUAUUCUUUCGAAUUGUUUACGAUUGAUAGAUAUACAACAACGAACAUAGAUAUAUAAUAGUUCUGUUAGCAUAAAAUGUUUGAAUGAAUUAUAGAACAUUGCGCCUCGGACUAUUAGCACAUGUUAUCUUUUCUUGAAUAAAUAUUAAAUUUGCUUAUACGUUUAUAUGCAAUUGUAAGAAGUAAUAAAUAUAACAGCGCGAUAGAUCACCGUAAGAAAGUUAAUGAGAUAGAUCAAAGUUUAUGAUGCCUACAUAAUCUGUAAAUUUUCGUUGAAAAAAUAAUAUUAAUAUAUCAAGCAGUAGGUUUUUAUAGAAUAUUAAAAAAUCAAUAACUUUGUUAUAGAAUAACGUUCUUUUAUUUCUUAAAACGUUUAAUCUAUUUUUAACUUCUUAUGACGUGUGAAACGAUAUAAUUACUUGAACAAAUCGUAAAUUUUACUAAUGAAAUUGAGAUAAAUUAUUUUACUAUAUUUUGGGUAUGUUUCCCUCUUUUGUGUCUCCAUCUUAUAUACGAUCCUGAUGACAGACUAUUCACGGUACUCUCUUAUGCGCAUGCGUUCAUUGACGUUUACAAGUAAGUAAGCAAGCAUUGUACAAUCGUAAAAUGUUCAGCAGGGCUAUUCCUCUUGGAACCUUCGAAGGGUAUACAUCUGAGUGUUUGAUUAAUAAUAUAUAAAACCAAGCAUUUUUUUAUCAAGUUUGUAAAAAGACUGAUAAUAUACACUUUUUUAUUUCGCUGUUUAUUUUGUAUUACAAUAAAAAAUAUUAGUAAAAUACAAGAUAUGAAAGUAAUAUACAUAGUUGAAUCAUAGUUGAGUAAAUUAAAAAUUAAACCAAGAUAUAAUAGUACGCAAUUUGAAUAAAACCGUUUUUCUCUAAUAAAAUUUUCGUUGCAACAAUCAUUUCAACGUCGAAUAGAAAGUUUAAAAAUCUCGUACAUUAAUAUCUGUAUUCCUAAUUAACUUUUAUUACGAUCCAACGCAACGAAUUAACAUAUGUUGUUCAAAUACUAAAUUAAAGCGACAAAAAUCGAAUACCAUAACUCUCUUCUAAUUUUAUUUAUUAAUAUCUAUGAACUCGAAGCAACAGAGUUUCUACAUCUGUACAAACUUAACAAGCUAGAGAUGACCUCGAGUCGAAUCAUAACCAAAUAACGAAAAAGUAAUCGUAAUAGGAAAUGAAAAUGAGUAUGCAUACGCAUAUGUGUAUUAGAAGAAGAAAGAGAAAGGAAAAUGGGGUUAUAGCACCACGGAUACCUGGAGGAAAGCCUUAUACAUCGUAAUGGAAUGUCAGGUCCGUGGCUCCUGCACUUAUUGGGGGUUAGGUUGACGUUGCACGAACGUAUUGAUGCGCAGAAAUUCUAUAUACCCAGAGGAUGUGUUUAAUAUAUACGAUUAUAACUAAUGCGCAAAAUUCAAAGGUAUCGCGUGACGUUUGGGUAACCACAAAAUGACAAGAAUUCGGAAAAGAACGUAAAGACGUUCACUAAAUAACACGAGGAAACGAAGAGCGGGAAGCGUGGCCAGGGCACCCGAUGCGAUUAGUCGAGUACCUCUUCGUGCGUACAGAUACGCGCAUGCGCAGGCACAAACCGCAGGGAUGUAUCUACGAUAAAGUAAAUGGUAGACUUAAGCGUCACCAAUGUGAACAAUUUUCAUAAUUUUUGGUGUAAUUCUUUCUAUGAACUAUGUUGUUUAAAUAUAUAUCUUUCUAUUUUUUAAAAUAUAUGAAUUUUUAAAGAAAGUUA